UGACUCUGGAUGCGAUCCGCCAUAACACCGAAAAAAGAAGAGGAUGUGUCUCCGGGGUCCAGCAGCAGAGCUCCGGGAGUAAACAGUCCGGUAGUAAACACUAGAUCACCGUGGCUCUUUUCGGGGAAACAGACCGCAGCUGGGAGCCAUGAGCCGCCCGUCCUCAGAGGGGGGAGGCGGUAAACCGGGCGCAGUGAAGCACGGAGGAUCUGGAGGCGCUGCUGCGGCUUCUGCCGCUGCAGCGGUAGCCGCCGCCGCUGCAGCGGCUGCCGGCGUGAGCUCCUUGCCCGGGCCGGGGUCUGCCGCCCCUUCCCUCACCUUGGGGGGCCUCCAGUCCCCGGAGCUCACCGCGCUGUUCGAGUGCCCGGUGUGCUUCGACUACGUGCUGCCGCCCAUCCUGCAGUGCCAGGCGGGUCACCUGGUGUGUAACGCGUGCCGCCAGAAGCUGAGCUGCUGCCCGACCUGCCGCGGCCCGCUCAGCCCCAGCAUCCGGAACCUGGCCAUGGAGAAGGUGGCGUCCACUCUGCCUUUCCCCUGCAAGUUUGCAUCGGCCGGCUGCCUGCUCUCUCUGCACCACAGCGAGAAGCCGGAGCACGAGGAGGUGUGUGAGUUCAGGCCGUACACCUGUCCCUGUCCCGGGGCCACCUGCAAGUGGCACGGAGCGCUGGAGGCCGUGAUGCCCCACCUGAUGCACGCUCACAAGUCCAUCACCACACUGCAGGGCGAGGACAUUGUGUUCCUGGCGACAGACAUCAACCUGCCGGGCGCCGUGGACUGGGUGAUGAUGCAGUCGUGCUUCAGCCACCACUUCAUGCUGGUGCUGGAGAAGCAGGAGAAGUACGAGGGCCACCAGCAGUUCUUCGCCGUCGUCCUCCUCAUCGGCACCCGCAAGCAGGCCGAGAACUUCGCCUACCGGCUGGAGCUCAACGGGAACCGGCGGCGGCUCACCUGGGAGGCCACGCCGCGCUCCAUCCACGACGGCGUGGCGGCCGCCAUCAUGAACAGCGACUGCCUGGUGUUCGACACGUCCAUCGCUCACCUGUUCGCCGACAACGGGAACCUGGGCAUCAACGUCACCAUCUCCAUGUGCUGAGGUAAAAACUGUAGAGACGAUUUGAUCGAGACAGACCUCGGACUGUAGGGCGUUCCUCACGACGGACGCUUAGUCGGAACGCCUUCGAAGAACGCGAACGUUUUUUUCCCGUGUUCACAAUAUUCUCCGCAGACUGAGAGCGUCGCUCCAUAAAGACUGGAUGAUUUCAUCAGAGCUGCAGAAUUAUACCAGCUGAAGCUCAGUGCAGAAUAUCUGUUUGAUGAGGGAGAGAGCUGCCAAAAAUACAAAUGAAUACGGAUUUUAUAAAGUUGUAAAAUGCCAUUGAAUGUAUAAAAAACGAUAGAGAAUAUUCCUGCAACAAAGGAUUAAUGGAUGAAAUAUGAUAAGUUAAUAUCUCAGUUUUAUUUUUAGUAUUUAAAUGUUUUUAUCUUAUUUUAUUUGCAUUAUUUUUGUCUUUUACCGUCAGUUUGGGUAAAUACUCCUGGGAGAAAUACUUUAAAAUAGAUAAAUACAUUUUCAGAUAAUAACAUUUAAAUGCCAAAAUAAAAAAAAGAAUGAAAUAAAAAAAGGAGGAAAUGAAAAGAUAAAUAUUAAAUGUCACUUUUUAUUUGUUAUUAUUUUUAGUACAUUUUAUUUGGCAUAUUUACUUGACAAGUAAUUUAUGUUGUUGUUUAUUUUGGCAGCUUUCGUCCUCCGUAUUUUCCCGACCAGAGAAAUCUUUUUUCUGUACCAUGUCCUCCUGCUCUGUAUGACCCAUAAAAACUAACCCAUGUGAUCUGGAUUUUAUUCAACGUGUUUUAAACGAUUUAUAACGGGCCAGUUUUCAAAGUAAAAGUCCCAAAAUUAGAGCUGAAGUGUGAAAUAUUAAAAGUGAGGCAGAAUAAUGUGAACACGUUCAUCAGAGGGACGUUUGACUCGGUGAUGAAUCCUCAGAUCUUCUUUAUUCUCAGAUGAAAACAGAGACUCUGUUUCAGCCGACAGCGCCUUAACUUUUCUACCAACCUCUUCCUCCUCCUCUUCCUCCUGAAUCUAAACACUGACGGACGGACGGUUUCCUCUUUAUGGGUACAAAUAAAACACAUUCCUGGUCUCUGUAAACCUUUUGUAGCCGCGGAGCAGAAGAGGAGCCGUCAGAUGAUACCUCAGAAACAUCUGUAACCUCGCCGGGUUUCCUCUGAGUUUAACACGCCAUAAAACACGGGUUUGAAGUCAGAGGUCUUAUUCUGGAAACAUGUUAACUCCACAUUCAGAAGCAACACGUCUGCCCAGAGACUGUAUUCAGGACCGUUUGGAGAAUAUGUAAAGGUCUUCGGGGGUCCAGAUAUAAAGGAUGUUUGAUUCAGUCUUAUAAGAAGCGACCUGGUGCAUGGAUCGGUUCCUGUCGAUUUGGAGAAGAGAGUGGUUCAUGUAUGAGCUAAUUCAUAGAUAUGUAAAAUGAAUGUUUCUUACUAUUGUUGAAAAAAAAUCUAAAUAAUUUGAGGAAUGUGCUGAAAAGUACGUUUCAGAAUCAUUUGGAAAAUAUAUGAGGAACACACAUUUGAGUUUGCUCUGAAGAAUAAGGAAUACUUAAAAAAACUAAACGUUUCCUUAAACAGUUAAUGAGGGAAAUGUGAUUCAGUGGGUAAUAAAGGUUACACUAUCAAAAAAGUGGUAAUAGUUUAUGAAGCUUCACUUGGGGUUAAAUAAUAGGAACAGAUAUUUGGUAAUAAACAUCUUCAUAUUCUAUUUGUUGAGAAACAAAAUAUUCAGAAAGAAAUCAAAUCUGAUAAAAACCGGAUCAUACUCAAACUGAAACUGAAGAAGCUCCACUUUGGGUUGAAUAAUAGAAACGUGCUUUUUCUUGUUCCUGCUGUAAUCUGGAAAACUUAAUCACAACUAUUCAGGUGUAGCUCAGCCAAUGAGGUCGCUAAGUUACUGAUUACUGUCUUAAUUGGAUGGGAGAUGUUUGCCGUUUGUGUUAAAAUUGUAGACAAAUAAAAUGUAACUAUUGCUCCGUUACAUCUUAAUGGAUUAGUAAUACUUAAAUGAGAAUAUAAACCCAGAGGAAACACCGCUCUCUCUCUGAUAAUCGCCUCCACUUCACAUCCCGCAGACUUUCUACCAGAUGUUUUAAAAUAUUGUAAAUGAAGUUAAGACGACAUUAUAUUUUAUAAAAACGAAGAGACUGCGACGUUUAUUGUGUUUGUGUUCGAUAUCGAUGUACAGAUGUCUUUAAUUUCUUUCAUGUUUCUGAUGUUGUUAAUUCUGCUGCUGCUGGAAAUCCGUUCUUAUUCAUGAAAAUACAAACUCCAAAAAUGAUCAUUUUUCCACAUUUCUGUAUUAUUUGAGCAGGGGUCAGUCUAAACCAGUAUCAGGGUCUCUGCUCUUACUGGGGGCGUGCGCCCUCCAACCAAAAUGUUAAAGUGGAAACAAUCUCUCUGUGGGUCAGAAAGGGUUUACUGAGCCCAGAGAUAUGGAGAUGGGGUCAGAUGUCCGGUCAUCACUGCGUUUAUCUGAUUCUUUUUAAUAUUAAGUCAAAGCUUAAAGAAACCUGUGCACUUAAAACUAAGAACUAAAAUAAAACUACGACUCCCAGAAUUCACUUCACUAAGAAAACAUCCAAUCACAGAGCUUCAAACUCUGCUGCUGCUUUCAGGAGCUAUACAAUGACUUAAAGCUAAAGAAACAUUCAGCAUUUAAAUCUGAAUUUGGUAAAUAAUAGUCCAUCAAUUAACUGCAAUUAAAAUAUAACCCUUUAGUUACAUUUAUUUGAGAUGUUUACAUUAGCUAUAACUCUUCUACCUGAUCAAAAUAACUUGUGUAAGCUCUUUUCUGGGAUAAUAAAUAUAAAGAUGAGUUUCUCUUCUGAUGAUGCGAGGUUAUUAACAUUUGAUCUGUUCAGUGUUUCUGUGAUGUUUCAUAAUAAACGGUUGCAGUUUGA